GUGUUCCCAACUCUGUGCACGUCUGUCUACCUUCCCCCGCGCACCACUUUUUGCCCCGACGUCUGUCCACACACGCACCGGAGGGACACACUCACCUGGAAACGUUCCCCACAGGUUAUGUGAAGACACUUCUGAGAGUUCAAGGACACGAGGACCAAAACCAGCACAGCAAGACACACCGAUGGACACAGAUUUGUCAUUUGGAGGGGACAAUGACAUGUCCUACGAAGAAAAUGACCCGCCAAUUCUUUCCUCACCCUUCAAUAUGGAUUGGAGUCGCCUCACUAAGGGAUUGUCCUUGCCGUGGCCCAUUUUCCCUAAGAUCUGGACCUCGCCCAGCCGCAGCGGGAGUUAUGACCUGGACCAGCGGCGGCAGGAGGAGGGAGACUUCCGUCCCCAGAGCUUCACCUUCCGCCCGGACCCGGAUGGUGAGCGGUGGGCGCCUCUGAACCUCAACACCAAUGCCAACUCCAGGGGAGACUGCCUGGCUUAUGUGGAGCUGAAUGAAUACAUGAGGGACCAGAACCAGGAGGGGUACUGGCAGGAGACGGGCCGAUGGGUGGGGUACGAAGAGAGCUACGACCCCGAGGGGGGCGCCUGGGGCCCCUCCCACAUCUCCUACCUCACCUUCAAGAGCCUCCUCCAGCUGCGCCGAGCCAUGACCUCAGGUGUGGUGCUGCUGGACCUGGCCGAGCGCAGCCUGGCGGGCGUGGCUGAGAGGGUGGUGGAGGAGCUGGUGUCCAAGAAGGAGAUCCGGCAGGGCGACCGUGAGGCCCUGCUGAGGUCUCUGCUGCAGAAGCGCAGUCAGUCUGACCAGGAAGAGGCCACCGAGCAGUCAUCCGGUAUAGAAAUGCAAACCUUCUCUGUCACCAAGAAGAGAGAUGCGGCAGGCAGUCUGGAGGCCUCAUUGGUCCUCUCAGGGGCUCUGGACUUCCUGCAGAAGCCCGUGGUGGCCUUCGUGCGCCUGAGCGAGGCCGUCGUCAUGGAGACGGCCCUGGAGGCCCCGGUGGCGGUCCGCUUCGUCUUCGCGAUGGUGGGGCCGAGCCAGGACAGCAUGGACUACCACGAGUCGGGCCGGUCCAUGGGGGCGCUGAUGACCGACAGGGUGUUCAACACGGCAGCGUUCCUGGCGGACAGCGAUAGGGAGCUGACGGAGGCCGUGGCGGACUUCAUGGACUGCAGCAUCGUGGUCCCGCCCACGGAGAUCCAGAACGAGGCCAUGCUCCAGUCAAUGAUCAGCUUCCAGAAGAAGCUGCUCAGAGACCGCCUGCGCCCGACCGACACCCGCCUCUUUUUCGACGAAAAGGCCAAAGGCGCGGAGGAGCCCAGGGAGGACCCCCUGGCCCGGACGGGGCGGCCGUUCGGCGGGAUGGUCAAAGACAUCAAGAGGCGCUACCCGCACUACCUCAGCGACUUCGUCGACGGCCUCAACAUCCAGGUCCUGUCCGCCGUCAUCUUCAUUUACUUCGCCGCCCUGUCGCCGGCCAUCACUUUCGGAGGACUCCUGGCUGAUAAGACGGACGGAAUGAUGGGCGUCUCCGAGCUGAUGAUCUCCACCUGCAUCCAGGGAAUCGUCUUCUGCUUCCUCGCCGCACAGCCGGUCCUGGUCAUCGGCUUCUCCGGGCCCCUGCUGGUCUUUGAGGACGCCUUCUUCCUAUUCUGCAAGUCCCGGGACAUUGAGUACAUCGUGGGCCGGGUGUGGGUGGGGGUCUGGCUGGUGGUCAUCGUGUUUGUGGUGGUGGCCGCAGAGGGGAGUUUCCUGGUCAGGUUCAUCUCCCGCUUCACGCAAGAGAUCUUCUCCAUCCUCAUCUCCCUCAUCUUCAUCUACGAGACCUUUGCCAAGCUCUUCAGGAUCUUCCAAAAACAUCCCCUGAUCCUGAACUAUGAGCAUCUGAACGAUACCUGGGAUGACCCCUUCCACCCCAUCAUAGUAAGGCACGUCAGUAAUGACAGUCAUGGCAACACGACUACCCACCACUACUUUCGAGAGAGGUCUUACCCCAACACUGCCCUGCUCUCCAUGUGCCUCAUGUUCGGCUGUUUCUUCAUCGCCUUCUUCCUCCGCCAUUUCAAGAACAGCCGUUUCCUGCCCGGUCCGAUACGUCGAAUGAUUGGAGAUUUCGGGGUCCCCAUCGCCAUUUUCAUCAUGGUCUUCAUAGAUAUCAUCAUUGAGGACGCCUACACACAGAAACUGGUCGUGCCCAAAGGCCUAAAGGUAUCCAACGAAACAGCUAGGGGCUGGCUGAUCAACCCCCUGGGAGAGAAGAAAGACUUCCCCAUCUGGAUGAUGUUCGCCUGCUUCGUCCCAGCCCUGUUGGUCUUCAUCCUCAUCUUCCUCGAGUCGCAGAUCACCACGCUGAUCGUGAGCAAGCCGGAGAGAAAGAUGGUGAAGGGGUCGGGGUUUCACCUCGACCUGCUGAUCCUGGUGAGCAUGGGGGGCAUCGGCUCCAUUUUCGGGGUGCCCUGGCUGAGCGCCGCCACGGUGCGCUCUGUCACGCACGCCAACGCCCUGACCGUCAUGAGCAAGGGGCCCAAGCCCGAGAUCCAGAAGGUGCUGGAGCAGAGGGUCAGCGGGAUCCUGGUGGCAGCGCUGGUUGGCAUUUCCAUCCUGAUGGAGCCCGUCCUGAAGAUGAUUCCGAUGACGGCUCUCUUUGGGAUCUUCCUGUACAUGGGCAUCACCUCUCUCAACGGGAUCCAGCUGUGGGACCGCAUCCUCCUCCUGUUCACCCCCAAGAAGUACUACCCUGCGGACGCGUACGCCACCAUGGUGAAGCCCCUGCGAAUGCACCUGUUCACUGUGAUCCAGGUUAUAUGCCUGGGGGUCCUGUGGGCUGUGAAGUCCAGCCCCGCAUCCCUGGCCCUGCCCUUCAUCAUCAUCCUCACCAUCCCACUCCGCAUCCUCAUGACCGGUCGCCUCUUCACAGCCAUGGAAAUGAAAUGCUUGGAUGCUGAAGAUGCCGCGGUGGACCUGGAGGAAGAGAUAGGCGUGGACGUGUACAUGGAAUCUCCACUACCUUAGACACUCUGGGCCCCCCCCCCCCCCCAACCUAAACAACUAGAGUUUUCUUUUAGUUUUUACUCUAUGGCAAAUGUGUCCUUCAAAAGUAUCUGAAAACCCAACAGAAUCCUCACAUCCUCACCCUAUAGUAAACUGACUGACGACGCAUUGCUUUGUUGUAAGGGGUGUGCUUUUUGUGUGGCUGGUAAAUGCUGAAAUGGGUGUCUUUAGCAUUCAGACAUGAAAAGAGACUUGCCCCCAAUUUUUUGUUAAACAUUACAAAUUCCAUUAGAUUAGGACAUAAAAUCUAUAUGCUCAUCACACUGAUUUUUAAAUAUGUUACAAAUGUAAUCGUAAUUUUAGGAUUUUUAUGUUAGCAAUUUUUUUAUCAUAACAUUCAUCAUAUCAUCAUAACAUAUCAUUAUUAAUUUAAUUAAUUAUUUUGUUGGCUUUUUAUGGUGUUUGCUUACCACAAAGUAUUUUACUUUUUGUUGUUAGCUUUUAUCCAGGGGCCAUAGCACUUGUGGAGUUGUGAGUUGACAGUAGAAUUUAUUUUAAUAGCUAAAAUCCACUCUAGUUUUAUAUGUUAGAGCAUUAAAAGUUUAUAACUUGCACUAGUAAUGCUUGAGUAUGGGCAUUAUCUGCACUAAAGAAUCUAUAGUAUAUAAUGAUAUUACGACAACAAAUCAUUCCAUCUCCUCUCUGCCAAUUGAGUUUUGUGCAUUAUAUUGAGUGCUUUAGUUUGUGUGUGAAUGGGAUGUCAUAAUUAUGAUCUGUAAAUAUGUCAAAGCUGAAAUCAUGGUGAUAUACAUAAAUGUCCAGGCAUUUUCAAAGGAAGGGAGAGUAAAGGGAAAGGUAUGUGUGAGGAAGGGGGUGUAUAUUUGGCUGAUGUUUUUUUCCAUUGUUUUUUUGUGACCAGUUGCCUGUGCUUCUUAAUUGUGCAUCUAUUAAAAGUGGAUUUUUCUUUGA